GUUCUGCGCAGCAGCGACGUGAGCCAACCAUGGCGGCGAUGGCGGAGAAAUCAACGAAAGAGCGGCUGCUGUCUGUGUUGGAUGAUUUGGAGGUCUUGUCUCGGGAGCUGAUCGAGAUGUUGGCUCUGUCCAGGGGUCAGAAACUACCGCAGCCGGGAGAGGACACACAGAUCCUGGAGCUGCUGGUGCAGAGGGACAGAGAGUUUCAGGAGCUGAUGGAGGUGGCUCAGCAGCAGGGGAAGGUGCACCAGGAGAUGCAGCUGCUGGAGAAGGAGGUGGAGAAGAGAGACAGCGACAUCCAGCAGCUGCAGAAACAGCUGAAGGAGGCUGAACACAUCCUGGCCACGGCAGUUUACCAGGCGAAGGAGAAACUCAAAUCCAUUGACAAAGCAAGGAAAGGAAGCAUCUCAUCAGAGGAAAUCAUCAAGUACGCUCACAGAAUCAGUGCCAGCAACGCCGUGUGUGCGCCGCUUAACUGGGUACCAGGUGAUCCCCGCAGACCCUACCCCACUGACCUGGAAAUGCGCAGUGGGAUGCUGGGUCACAUGGCCAACCUGCCAACCAAUGGUGUGAACGGACAUCUGCCAGGUGACGCUUUGGCUGCUGGGAGGCUCCCAGACGUCUUGACACCUCACUACCCCUGGCAGUCCUCAGACGUCUCAGUGGGGAUGCUGCCUCCUCACCAUGGCAACGACUUCGGCCUGGAGCCUCCGGGUCACAACAAGGAGAACGAGGACGACGUGGAGGCCAUGUCGACAGAUUCGUCCAGCAGCAGCAGCGACUCUGACUGAAAGACAGAGACUCAGACUGUGUGUGUGUGUGUGUGUGUGUGUGUGUGUGUGUGAGUGAGAGAGAGGUCACCACUGAGCAACAUCAGAUCAAACAGGACUCGUACACACACCCGUUUUCUUAUUUUUCAGUGUCACGUUCCCUCCAUUUUUAUCUGCUUAUCUGAAGCAGAGUUGUGGGGGCAGCAAGCUGAGCAAAGUAUUCCAGACGUCCCUCUCCCCAGCAGCUUUCCAGCUCCUCCUGGGGGAUCCUGAGGUGUUCCCAGGCCAGACGAGAUACUUAAUCCCCACAGUAUGUUCUGGGUCUGCCUGGGGGCCUCCCACCAGUUGGACGUGCCCGGAACAUCUCUAACAGGCUCUUGUCAUGUUGUUUAAAUGAGUCAGUUGUUUACAAGCCUGCCUGUUUCCUCAGAGAUAUUCUGGGUUGUAUUUCAUAUUUUAAUCUGCAGUUUGUGCGUCUUUAAAGAGUCAGAGAGCUGCUGCUCCAGAGGAAACAGAGCCAAAGCUUUAGAGUUUCUACUGACAACAUGGAGGAAGGAGUGAAGGAGUGUAUCAGGGUUUUCAGCCAGUUCUUAGAGGGAUCCAGCUUUUUUUUUUUUUUUUUUAAACGGAUUAGUUCGACAUUUUGCAAAUAUUCACUGUCUUGCUGAGAGAUAAUGAGAGUGUGUAUACCACUAACUAUUCCGUAAACAGCCUGUAUUUGCACCAGUUUGAGAGUUUAAACAAACUGUAUGUCCUUUGUUUGCAGUUUAAACAAACUGUACGCAAAUAACAACAAAAUAAACAAAACUAACAAAGACAAACUCAUAUUCCAGGCUUCUACAUGAAGAUGUAAUUAAUGUAAUAUCUUCGGAAGAGAAACCAAACCUCACGCUCUGACUUGUCUUGCUCUUUGGUGACCCAUAUUUGAAACUAUCAGUGUGACUCGUUGUUGUUGGUUGUAGCAGAAUUUCCACAUGUAGUUUGAAAUGUUAAAUAACAACACCGACAAGUGCUGUUAAUUUACCUCUGUGUAAAUAAGCUUGUACAUACUCAGCCCUGUAAAUAAACACUCUUUGAAUAGAAA